AGAUCAUAGUUGAACUGAACUGAGCUGAACUGUAACCAUGUGUGGGGAGACGAUAGCAAAAUGGGCUUUGAUGAUACUCAACAUCAUCUUUGUGCUACUAGGGAUAGCCUGUUUGGCAGUGGGAAUAUUCGCCCUUGUGAACACGAAUGACACAUAUUACACAUACCUGACAAGUUAUUCGGAGGACCUCUCGUCGCUGGACACACCAUCUCUGGUGCGAUCGGCGGCCAUUGUCUUGGCUGUAAGUGGCGGAGCGAUAUGUAUCAUCGCAAUCCUUGGUUUCUGUGGCGCCUGCCAACUGAUAAAGGGAUGUCUUUAUGCGUAUGCAUUCUUGGUUAUGGCAAUCUUGGCCCUCCAGAUCGCUUCCGUUGUUGUUGCAAUUUUCUUCAACUCAAGGUUUGAGACGUAUGCCAUCAGUUGGUUGACGUUGGUCCUGAACAAAUAUUACCAAGGGCCGUAUGACACCUCCAAUGUCUACUCCCUAGCCUGGGAUACAAUGAUGGUCAAGCUGCAAUGUUGCGGGGCGAAUAACGGAACCGAUUUUGCUGCGCAGAAUAAGUGGAACAGGACUUACAUCUACGGGAAUAAUGACAGGGCAUCAAUCCCUCUGACAUGUUGUGAAUUCAACAACACAGCCUCUUUCCCCACUGACAUGGCGGCAUUCAUCAGCUCCAUGGUCAACAAAACAUGUCCGUUCACCGAGAGCGACUCUUACAGCUCAACGGGCUGCUACUCAGCCAUCAGGUCAACAGCACUCUCGUACAGUGCAUAUGUGAUCGGAGUGGGGGUGACUAUAGGCGUUAUCGAGCUCCUGGCAAUUAUCUUUGCUUUCGUCUUGGGUUGUAACGACGACGUGAUGUCUAAAUAGCCAGGAUGUAAGCUCGGAUUUGAUGUACAUAUAUUGGUGACCAGCCCUUUGGUCGAUGACAUGUGUGGAGCCGACACUCGCCUAACAUUUGGGAAGAGGUUUAGGAUGACGCUUUUGCAUGGACGCAAUUAAACAGAAUGAAAUGAU